AUGGCAGAUACUUCCCCUUACCUCCUUAAACAACCGAAAGGCUUGGCCCCGUUCGAGUUGGAGAAUGGGUAUUAUGGCAUGGCUCAAUCAGUUUAUUCUUGCAGUUCGGAUAAGAUUCGGACCGCUACUUCUCUGAAAGCAUCGUUUUGGCCUCCCUUCUUUGGAGUUCGUCGCGAUCCCUUACUCUCACGUUCGAGUGUUUCCUUGUUGUUUAGGUCGGUGAGUGAGAUUUCUGCUCAUCGCAGUCACCUCCGGGAAAUGGCUGCAGUACUUGUAUAUGUCAGUGUUAUCAAUGGAGGAAAUCAGGGUGUUUUUUGUGCUUCUUUGGGAACCAGGAGCACAAUUUUGUCGCAGCCUCCCCCAUCUGGUAUCUUGAAAAUCAACACGGAUGUGGCAACUUUUGGUGAUGAUUAA